CUCCCAACGGCCACACUCUGCCUUUGUUUUGUUUUGAUAUUCCCACUGCAUCGCAUUUAAUUUAUUAAAAGCUGUUACCAAAUUAUGUCCUACGCCGGCUAUAGCCAGCUGCCCAGCGGCAGCGACCAGGAGCGCAGGCAGGCGCAGCUCGCGGCCAGCACCUACGACGUGCUGCAGCGGACGACGGACAGUAUCCAGCGAUCCAACCAGAUUGCCAUCGAAACGGAGAACAUGGGGGCGGAAGUGCUCGGAGAACUGGGCGAGCAGAGGGAGUCGCUGCUGCGCACUACGCGCCGCCUGGAGGACGCCGAUCAAGAUCUGUCCAAGUCGAGGGUCAUCAUCCGGAAGUUGAGCCGGGAGGUGCUCUACAACAAGAUCAUCCUGAUCCUGAUCAUCAUCCUCGAGGUGGGCAUACUCGUCGGCCUGCUGGUGCUGAAGUUCGCUCAUCUGUGAGCCAAUGCCAAUGCCAUUCUAUUCCAAAUUAGUAACCACCAAAUAGGCGAUGGACUAUAUAUAUGUAUUAAUCGUUACGAAUGCUUUGCCCUAGUUAAUAAGUAUGAAAAUGUAUAUAAAGGAAACGAAGAAAUAUAUACUCCACUAAAAUGCA